UCUUCGUCUUUCUCCCCUUAAUUAUUCUUCGAUCAAUUUAUCGUUUAAUUAUACGAAUGUCCGUCAUGAUGAGAACCACUGCAUCCUCCUCCUCCCGCUCAUGGAUUAUUAAUUGUUGGUAUAUUAAUUUUCUCAUCAUAUUAUUUGCUUUGUACUCACUCACACCCACUGCUUUCUCUUCAUAUUCCACAAGUACUGUAAAUCUUUCCACCACAUGGACCCUCAAAAUUCUUACUGUAGAUUCCUACUAUGUAUAUGACAAUAGUCGGGACGUAACAGGAAUUUUCAACCCCAUCCUCAUUACAAAAGAAACCAAGGUAAAGUCUCGAUUCGCACUUGGCUUCUUCUGUCAAGGGGAUGGGUACUCAUGUACCUCUCACCUCCUUGCCAUCUUCAUUCUUAGUGAAGGAUAUUCCAGCCCCCCUUCUCCUUCUCCCUUAGUUUGGUCAGCCAACCGAGACCAUCCGGUCCAGACCAACGCAACACUGGAUUUCACAGCAGCAGGAGAACUGGUGCUACGUGAUGCGGAUGCAACAUUGGUCUGGACCACCAACACCCCCGGUAAAUCCGUGAUUGGCAUGAACUUAACUGAUGCUGGAAACCUGGUGUUGUAUGAUUCCAAUAACCAGGUGGUUUGGAAAUCUUUUGAUCACCCGACCGACUGUUUGUUACCUGGACAGCCUUUGUUUCAAGGUCAAAAGCUGAUAUCUAGUGACUCAGCAACAAAUAUUCAGAAAGGAGUGUGUGGCUAUCCUUUGGCUUGUGGGAGAAACGCCCUUUGCUCUCAAGAAAAACAAUGUGUUUGUCCCGUAUCAAACUCCCCAGGGAUAGAAUAUUUCCGAGCAGUAAACAGUCUAGAACCAAACCUUGGGUGCUCUGAAAUUACUCCUCUCGCUUGUAAUGCUACCCAACAUCAAGAUUUUAUUGUAGUCGAGAACGUCACCUCUAUCACGUUUACUGCUGACUUGGAGGAUGUGAAUGUAACGAAAUGCAAACAAGCAUGUUUGAAAAAUUGCUCGUGCAAAGCAGCUAUAUUUCGGUAUUACAACGAUUCAAGUGGAGAUUGUUGUCUACGUUCCGACCUAUUUACAAUGGCUACUCAUUCAGUUAUGUAUCAAGUUAUGUAUCAGGAUACUAGUAUGUAUCUUACUAUGUAUGAGUAUUAUACAGCUUUUAUAAAAGUCCAGAAUGCAACGGCACCUUCUUUGUCUACGUCCAAAAAGCGAGUUGUAAAAGUCGUAGGUCCCGCCAUUGGAAUUUCUCUUAUUGUGGUGGUAGGUUUUGUUGUGUUUAUUGUCCACAAGAAAAGACAAUACUCUGAAACGGAAGAAGAAGAAGAGUAUUUUCAUCAAGUACGAGGAAUGCCCACUCAGUUUUCUUAUGGUGAAUUGAAAGCUGCCACUGAUAAUUUUAGUAAAAAGCUUGGUGAAGGAGGAUUCGGAACAGUUUUUGAAGGGAUCCUGGAAGAUGGCUACAAAAUUGCGGUUAAAUGUCUCGAGGGUCAUGGGCAGGUCAACAAAUCAUUCCUAGCUGAGGUUGAGUCAAUUGGCAGCAUUCACCAUGUGAAUUUAGUGAGGCUUAGAGGAUACUCUGCUUGGAAAUCACAACGACUUCUCGUAUAUGAUUUCAUGAGUAACGGGUCAUUAGAUCGUUGGAUCUACCAUGGAGAUCUGCAGGGGCAUGUACUGGAAUGGGAAUGCAGAAAAAACAUUAUUCAUGAUAUUGCUAAAGGAUUAGCAUACCUCCAUGAAGAGUGUAGGCAACAAAUUAUCCACCUUGAUAUUAAGCCUCAAAACAUACUACUGGACGAAAACUUUAAUGCCAAGGUAUCUGAUUUUGGGUUGUCUAAGCUUGUCGAAAAAAAUCAAACCCAAGUGAUGACCACUAUAAAAGGAACCCCUGGGUAUAUCGCUCCAGAAUGCUGGAGCAGUUCAAUUAUAACCGAAAAGGUGGACGUAUAUAGCUUUGGGAUCGUUGUGCUGGAGAUAUUAUGUGGGAGGAAGAUAUUCGAUAGAUCUCUGCCAGAAGAAAGCUGGCACUUACUUAGUGUCUUUCAAAAAAGCUGGGAGCAAGGAACGUUGUUCAGUAUGGUUGACAAGUGCAGUGAAGAUAUGCAAGCAAAUGGUGCAGAGGUGGUGGAAAUGAUGAAAGUAGCUUCAUGGUGUUUACAAACCGAGUUUACGAAAAGACCUUCAAUGUCGUCGGUUGUUAAGGUGUUGGAAGGUGCAAUGAGUGUUGAAUCGAACUUGGAUUACAACUUCACAGAUUUUCUGAGAAUGCAGAAAAUAGCAAUUGCAGAAGAGGAAGAAUUGACACAGCUAAUGCCUUCUCUUCUUUCAGGGCCAAGGUAAGUAGCUAUGUGUGUUCAUUUUUAUGCAUUCUUUCAAUGUUUGCCUAUAUUAAUUUGUUUUGAUCAAUAAAUAUAUUUUUAAUUGACUCUAAA